GAUUCCUAAAUAAGAAUCCGACCAGUGCCAUACGGACGUAGAAUGCACCACACGUAUAGUACGGCCUCCGCUGCCCGUUGCUCCUUUGCCGAGUAAUCGAAAAUAAUCAAAUUGUUAAUAUUAAAACCGGACCGUCGCAUUCCAAUCGUUUAUCUGACGGCGUCAGUUUUAUUGUUUUUAUUUUACCGUAUCUUAACUAUAAAUAGCGACCGACGUUUGCGGAUUGGCCGAACACGAAUUGGAUGAAAACUAGCUCGAAUGGGAAGGCGAAAUGUGCAAUCAAAAUUUUGAAGUCGGAGCAAGUUAAUCGCACAUAAUUCUAUCCAGUGACCUUGUAACCUAAACACCUGUGACGAAUCACACCUAACAAUAGCUACGCGUGCCGUGCAGACUACAAUCAUUAUGUCUUCGGUGGACGGACAACAGCAACAACAGUUGACCGGUUCGCCUGUGGCGGUGGUUCAGACUGGGUGCCAAGACAUCCCGUCGCCGACCUCCAUGCCGGCGCCCGGUACUCUCCCGUCUCCUCAUCCGCAGGCCGUGAUGUCGCCAAACGCCGCGCAGGACAUGCCUCCUCAAAGCUCGUCGCCGGUGAUGUUAGCCACCAUGCAACCCGUCAGCGUUGACGAAUUUUCGUCGGCCAACGAAGACUAUCACCAUCAGCAACAAGCUCACCUUCAACAUCAUCAGCAGCAGCAAGACGACCCAUUGGAUCAGAAGACCGUCAUAUACAUACCGGGCACAGAUCCGCAGCAGACCAUCAUCUACGACCCACAGAAUCCGGGCUCGCUGCCGCCGGGUAUCACCAUCCAACAAGAGUCGUCCAACGGCACGGCCGUGUCCGUACUGGUUCACCAGAACCAGGCCGGGCAGCAGUACCUGGGAGCGCCGGGAACCACCGUGUUGGUCAUGCAGGAGCUGGUCGACGACAUGGGUCACAUGCUGCAGCAGAACACCAGGAGACGGCGACGUGGUAGCGAUCACCAACAGGAGGAUCGACAGCAGCACCACCAGCGCGAAGACAACGAGCGGCGGCACCACCACGGCGACGGCGUAAUGGCCGAUUCCGAGACGGGCCCCGGCGUGGCCGAACAGCCCGCCGAACCUGGCGGCUGGAGACCCUCGUACUACGAGCAUCCACUGACCGCGGCCACGUCGGCCAUGCUUAACAUAUCCGGCGCAGACGAACAGCAACAGCAACAAUCAGACGGGCAGCAACAAGUGCAGAGCGGCGCCGUGCCCCUCAGCUUUGUCUACGAGUACUAUAAGCUACCUCAUAUCGCGGCGCCGGCCAGCAACAUCGACCCCAAGGACAAGCUUGCCGACAUUUGGCAGCCGACUUCUUCACCAAACGGUUCGUUAUUAUCGUCCCAGUUGAAACCCUCCAACGGACUUACUGGAUUGGAAAUUGGCGGAUCCCAACUGAGUGAUCUUCAAGGUCUAUUCCUACAUCAGCAGCAGCAGCAGCAGCCGUUAAAAAGAGAACCGGAAGACCUGAGCCACCACCGGGGAGCCAAAAACAAUGCGGACGCGUUGAACAAGGCCGGACGGCCCAAAGUGGUGUUGGUCGCGCCGGGUAAUCACGCGCAAGAGCUGGUCGUUGACGUGGUCAACAACAACAAUAACAAUCAAACCAAUAACAAUAACAACAGCGGUAGCAUUAAGGAAGAAUACGGACACUCGCCGCCACAACACAACAACCGGUCGAUAAACGGUACGCCGUCGUCCACCUCUUCUCUGAUCGCGGAUAUGAACCCUCCGCCACCUUCGAUCGAACUCAUCGCCACCCCCGACGGACUCAAGCCAAUGUACGGCACACACAUUUUCACGGCCAUGUCUGGUCAACACACAGACAGCGGCACGCCGUCUCCAAACUCUUAUGAACAUUCGCAGUACACGACGUCGUCGGUGCUUGGCGCCAAUCCCGGGUACAUCACCACGUCCGCGGGACGAGCGCCAUUUUCCGACCCCUAUUACCGUGAAUACUUUGGCGGUGCAGCCGCUCCCGAGCCUUAUGCCACUCAAAUUAGACAGACCGCUUCCUAUGGUAGCGACGCUUCAGACGCCGGUGCUGUUGCAAACGCCGCUGCAACCGCUUCCUUUGUUGAACGAUAUGUCCGUCAAAGUUCAUACAACAACAAAGGCGUGAUAGCGGCCGCUGGUCUUACCGUCGACUUACCAUCGCCCGACAGCGGUAUUGGAGCCGACGCCAUCACUCCCCGCGAUCAAAAUACCAUUCAACAGUCUUUUGACUACAGCGAAAUGUGUCAAACUCCGAGUAUGCUCGCAGAACACCAACCUCAAAGAACACCUUCCAGCGGCCGGUCGAGACCGUGGCACGACUUUGGCAGGCAAAACGACGCCGACAAAAUCCAAAUACCAAAAGUAUUCUCAAACUACGGAUUCCGGUACUUCUUGGAAUCUCCGAUCUCGACCAACCAGAGGCGCGAAGAUGACCGAGUGACGUACAUCAACAAAGGUCAAUUCUACGGUAUCACCAUGGAAUACAUACCGGACCCCGACAAGCCGUUGACCAGCCAAACAGUCAAGAGCGUGGUAAUGUUAAUGUUCAGAGAGGAGAAAAGCCCCGACGAUGAAAUCAAAGCGUGGCAGUUUUGGCAUGGUAGACAGCAUAGCGUCAAGCAGAGGAUACUCGAUGCCGAUACGAAAAACAGCACCGGACUGGUGGGAUGCAUCGAAGAAGUAUCACACAAUGCUAUAGCCAUCUACUGGAAUCCUCUGGAAAGUCCGGCAAAAAUCAACGUCGCUGUUCAAUGUCUGAGUACAGAUUUCAGCAGCCAAAAAGGCGUAAAGGGCUUACCAUUACACAUUCAAGUUGACACCUAUGAAGAACCUAGAGACGGUCCAGUGUGUCACAGAGGAUACGCCCAAAUUAAAGUUUUCUGUGAUAAGGGAGCCGAAAGAAAAACCAGAGACGAAGAACGCAGAGCAAACAAGAGAAAAAUGACGGCAACCGGACGCAAGAAGAUCGACGAACUGUACCAUCCCCCGUGUGAACGGUCAGAGUUCUAUUCCAUGAGCGACCUAAGCAAACCCCCAGUGCUUUUUUCGCCGGCAGAAGACAUAGACAAAUUGACGUCGAUGGAACUUCAAGGAUUCUACGGGCACGACACCGACACGUCCAGCCUGUCCAACGGCGAACCAGGGUCGCUUAAACACGCUUCGCCAUUCCUAUUACACUCCGGAGUAGCCAACAAACCAGCUGUCGCCACGACGCAAACGCUCAAGUUCCACAACCAUUUCCCGCCAGAUACGCACAGCGUAUGUUAUUACAACAGCGAGAAAAAAGAAGUGCUGGACCAGAGCGGACUAACCACUGACGGAACUGUGUUCUCGAGUCCGCCCAACAAACGGUCCAAACUUGUGCCGCCCAUCAACGAGCGAGUAAUGCUGUACGUCCGGCAAGACGCCGAAGACGUGUACACUCCCUUACACGUCAUACCACCAACGACCCAAGGACUUUUGAAUGCUAUUGAGGCUAAGUACAAAAUUUCUGCUUCAAGCAUUAGUAACAUGUAUCGAAAAAACAAAAAAGGGAUUACGGCCAAAAUUGAUAACGACAUGCUCAAGUAUUAUUGUAAUGAAGAUUCAUUUUUAUUAGAAGUUAGACAUGCAGAAGACAAUGAAAAUAUGUUAGACAUAAUAUUAAUAGAAUUUUUUGACCACUGAAAAUAGCCAACAAAUUAUCUUGUUUUUGACAAACAAAAUCAUCAAACAAUUCCUAUCUCAAUUUACCAAUAUUAUGCUCAUCGCUCAUAAUAUGAACAUGUUUUAUUUAAAAAAUAUGUAAAUAAUCAUUUAUCCAAGUUAAUAUAUAUAUAUAUAUAUAUAUUAUAUAGAUUUAAAUAAAUGAAUAGACUUUAGCCAUUUGUACAUAUUUUAAUUCCAUAUAAACAUAAUAUGUUUAUAUUUUAACACCAUUUUUUGGACAUCCAUGACAUUGUAUUUAUUGUGAUGUUUAUUUUUAGUGUGUUAUAUUUAACACUAUUUUCAAAGAAAGUUAUAUUUGUUGCACACCUUAUGCUCAGUCAAUUUUAUUUUUAAGUUGUUUUCAUAAAAGCAGUAUUAUAGAGAUUUAUUUGUCAAUUUAAUUAGAAUAGAUUUUUUUAAUAUAUUUAAAAUAAUAUUCCAUUUAAAGCAAAUCUUAUGAUAAAUGUGAUACGAAUAAAUAGCAUUUGACUACUUAGCAUUUAAUUUUUAAGAUUUUUAUUAAAACUCGGUCGAUUGUGAUUUAAAUAUUGUAACCUAAAAGUAUUAAAAUGACAGUAGUUUGCUCAAUUUCGCUGAGAACAAAUAAGUUGUGAAACCAUGACAAUAUAUUGUUGUAUUUCUAAUGUUUGCUCAUUUAAUUUCGUUAGUAAUUUACCUUUUUUGUUCUUUUAUUAUUAUUAUUAUUAUUAUAAUUGAGGGGCGAGGAUACUAUUAUUAUAAUAAGAAACAUAGAUCAAAACAGAUUUUGCCAUGUUACUUGAAAUAAUAUUUUUAAUAUUUUUAUUUUUUGUAUUUAUCUUUUUAUUUGUACAUAAAAUAAAUUGUAGGUUCAAGCAUUUUUAAUUAAUGUAGUAUUAAUUAGUGUAUGUAUUUAAAAGUAUUAUGUUUUGUUUUUAAUUAUCUAUUGUAAUUAUAAGUUCAAGUUAAUUCAUGUUAUAUUUUAAUAUUACCCAAAUUUAUAUCAAAUAAUUAUGUUAGUUGUAAAUAUUAUUUAAUAUUCAAAAUUCAUUGAAUAUUAUUUAAACGUAUAAACAUUCCAGUUAAUUUUUAUUGUUGGUCUACUUAUUAGUAAAAUUAUAAUUCUUGCCAUUUUUUUAUUUGACAAUAAUACGAAAUCCUGAGAUCUGUUAAAUUCUAAAAUCUAGUUGUCAAAAUUAUAAAAAAAAAAAUUAAUUGCCAAAAUUAGUAACAUUUAAUAGAAACUUUGAUCUCACAUCGCUGAAAAGCUGGUUAUUCAAUUUAAGACAUUUUUAUUAUCAAAAUUAUUUUUUUAAACAUAUUAAAGUAUUUAAUGUUUAUUAGUAAUGUAGUGUUAAAUUUAAUUUAGGCCAAAAACAUCACACAUGACAUUUUUUUGUGCAAUUUUUCAGUGAAUAUAUAUAUAUUUUUUUUAUUAACUGAAAAUAUUAGAAUGUCUAAUCUAUUUAGAGUGCCAUUAUUUUUAUUUUUAUUAAUUAUUUUACUACAUAAUAUUUGAUGAUAUUUUUCUUAUAAGAGAAAUACUUUUCCACUUAUUAAAAAGGCACAGUUUAUUACUUUCAUAAUAAUUUUUUUCUUUGUCUUUUUGCUUCAUACAGUAAAAAGACUUGGUCAUUAUUUGUCUUAACCAUAUGAUUGUCAAUAAUUUAAUUGUAGAUUAAUAAUGUAUCAUUAUAUUUUAUGUUCAAAUGUUUGUUGCCUUUUGUAUUAAAUAAAAUGGCAUUUUUGCAAUACUAUAGAAA